AUGACCGGGAAUAGUAUCGCUUCGAUUUUGACAGGGAAACAUAAAACCGAGUCUGCGAUCACCAAGACUCCCACUCAAAAAGGCCACACUUCGUCUACGGCAAGCUUCAAACGCGAGCCCAGACAGGGCUGGAGAUCACAUGGAUCGCACUGCUUGACCUAUAUUCUUGAUACCAAAUUGACCGCACCAGUGAAGAUCGCAGCCUUCGAUCUCGAUGACACGCUGAUCACGACGAAGUCCGGCUAUAAGUUUGGGCGCGGCUCUUUCGACUGGAAGUUCAAGUUUGAUGUGCCCCAGGUUUUCACCAAGUUGCAAGCUGAAAACUACACUGUAGUGAUAUUUUCGAACCAGGCGGCCGUGGUCAACGCUCCCGGCUCCAAAAGCUUGAAGAUCCUGACCACGAAAAUGGACGAUAUCUUUGAUCAUUUGGAGACUCCUGUCAUAUACUACGCAAGCACAAGAAAAUCAAGAAAAGAUAAGUCCCAGCACGAUCUGGACUUAUACACCCUCUUCCGAAAACCGAACACGGGUAUGUUCAGCCAGUUUCUACAGGAUUACCAACUCACAGAAGAUAUGCUAGACAGAGACAACAGCUUUUUCGUCGGGGACGCCGCUGGACGGCGCAUGGACUUCAGUGACUCAGACCUCAAAUUCGCAGAGAAUUUGAGGCUCAGGUUCUAUAGUCCAGAAGAAUAUUUCCCAAGCAUGAAGCACGUAACCAACGAGUCUGGUUGA